UUGUUGAUGUCGGUGUUCUAUUUGUUAGGUUCAACGCGCCAAUUGCGGAAAUGUUAUUUAAGUUCAAAAUUUGGUUCUGCUAUUUAACAGAUUUAUCUUCUCAAAUUUUGAUUUGGAAAAUAUUAGAUCUAAAAUCAGUUAGAUAUCCCUAAUUGAAAAUGUUAAGCUUUAUUAUGAAGACUUUUCGCUUUCGAAAGUUGUUCCAUUUUAUCAAAUAUAAGCCGAUAGAAACUAGCAUAGUUAUUUCAAUCAUUUUGGCCACUAUUCUACCCUUACGGUGUCCGACUUGGAGAGGAUAUGCAUACUUAAAUUAUAAUGAAAUUAAAGAUGAUCUUCAAAUGUGUUUAGUUACAAGACGACCACAUGAUUUCAAAUUAUGCCCAUUAGUUUCUCCCGACUUAGCAUCACAUAAGCAUGCAAAUAAAGUUGUCAAUGAAACACUCCUCCGUGAAAUGCCAGAAAAAUUAAAUAUUCUUCCAGGAGGAAGAUGGUUUCCAAAGCAUUGUUCUGCAUGGCAACGAGUAGCAAUCAUUAUACCAUACAGAGAUAGGAAGAAGCAUCUUGACAUUUUUCUUCAAAAUAUGCAUCCUUUCCUUCAAGCUCAGCAGUUAGAUUAUGGAAUUUUUGUAAUUGAACAGAGUGAGAAGCAUAAAUUCAACCGAGGUAAAUUGUUUAACAUUGGAUAUUUAGAAGCUACCAAAGAGCCUGAUUUCUGCUGUUUCAUUUUUCAUGAUGUUGAUUUAUUACCUGAAAGCCCUCGCCAUACAUAUGGUUGUUCAGAAGAGCCUCGACACAUGUGUUCUGCUUUGGAUACUUUCAGAUAUGUAUUACCAUAUCCUGAGUUAUUUGGUGGUGUAGUAGCCUUCACCAAGGAGCAGUUUUCUACAGUGAAUGGCUACUCAAAUUUGUUCUUUGGUUGGGGUGGUGAAGAUGAUGACUUGUAUGAUAGGCUUAAAGCUAAACAAAUAAAUGUAAGGCGAUGGGCUCCAGAGAUAUCAAGAUUCACCAUGCUUUUUCAUAAAAAAGAAACUCCUAACCAGCACAGAUGUAGUGGUACUCAAUUUGAGGAACUCGACCUGAAUUAUUCCUUUUACUUAAAACUGUUAAGGAGAGAAUGGACAGAGAUGGUUUAAAUACUCUGGAUUAUAAAAUUUUGUCAAUUGAUUCACUUCCACUGUAUACAAGGAUAUUAGUAGAUGUGAAGCCAAAAUAACAUGUUAAGAAUAUCUUACUAAUUGAGCUUCUAAAUAAAACAGCAAGUAUUAAAAUAAGUAAUUUAAUUUAUAAGAUACAUUUUAUGAACAAUGAUGAUGCAUUCUUAAAUAUAUUUAUGAAGUCGAUUGGCAGUUUGUUUGACACAUCAGGAAAAAAAAUUUUUUUUUUCUCUCUUAGCAUUGCAGGGAUGCCUGAAGCCACUGAAAAGAUUUUUCAUAGAUUUAUUUCAAUUGAUAUUUUUCAUAUGCAUUCACUUAUGAAGUGUAUUUCUUUUUAAGGAGAAAUUUAAAUAGUAUUGACAAUUAUGAAAUAUUAAUCUAAAUUGUAUCAUAAAAAUGUAACUUUUUAUUUAUGAAAUGAAUAAUUUCAUAGUAAAUAAGACUUUAUUUGCUGGUAUAUUAUAUUAUCAACAUUUAGUAAGAAAUACAUGAUUUUUACAAUAAUCAUUUACUUAACAAAAUUAAUAUAAACUAUUUAAUUCAAAUAUAGUGUGUAUAAUUUUCAAUUACUUACUUCGGACAGAGUUGUCUUCACAAAUCCAUUUUGCAGUAAGUCUUUCUUUUCAAAAGUACCUAUAAAAGUAUAUAUAUAUUUUUAAAUGUUUUAUUUUAUCUUUGAUUACUAAUAUUCCUCAAAUAUUAUAUUGUUUAUAUAUUUACCGAAAGCGACCAUCAAGUGUAAUAUACACAGAACAAAAUCUCCAAAUCGUAAUGUACCAUCUUUUCGCAUAUAUCUUAGUACCAGCAGUGAUAGAGCAUCAAUAUUUACCUGAAAGCCUGAAAUAAUUGUGAAAAAAGAAUCAUAAAAA